AUGCAUGCGCUUCUCCUCCACUCCAUCACGCUCUUCCUCGCCUCCAUCACCAUGAACUCUGGCAACCAGACCUCCCUCUCCAAUGGCCACAGUGCCGCCACCACUUAUCUUAGUUUCUUCUGGCGUCUCUUGCCGGACAUCCAAAUCCUCGAGCUCCUCGUGGCCCUGUCGAUCUUCGCAACGCUACAUGCCUUAAGACAAAGCAAACACCAGGGCCUGGCCGUAUGGCCUGUCGUCGGUAUGCUGCCAUCCCUCUUGCUUGGCCUCCGCAACGACGUAUAUGAGUGGCUGACCGCCGUGCUCCGUGCCCGGGGCGGCACAUUCACCUUCCGCGGCCCUUGGUUCAGCAACCUCCAGUGCGUCGUGACCGCCGACCCCCGCAACCUUGAGCAUAUCCUAAAGAUCAAGUUCUCCAAGUUUCCAAAGGGGAAGUACUACCGGAACAUCGCCAGCGACAUGCUCGGUGAUGGCAUCUUCAACUCCGACGGAAGGGUCUGGCGCUGCCAAAGAAAGACGCUGAGCCUUGAAAUGCACUCAGCUGAGUUCAGGUCCAGCACAAUCCAAUCCAUCUCCGAGCUCGUUCACUUGAGACUUCUCCCGGUGCUCGAGCUGGCCCAUGACAACCAUACGCCGUUUGACCUCCAGGAUGUGCUGCUGAGGCUAGCAUUCGACAACUUGGUUAUGGUCGCCUUCGGUAUCGACCCGGGUUGCCUCCGGCCCGGGCUCCCGGAGGUGCCAUUUGCCCGGGCCUUCGAGAAUGCCACGGAGGCAACUCUUCUUCGGUUCGUCAUGCCGACCGCCAUAUGGAAGGUGCUACGUUUCUUUGAUCUCGGGAGCGAGAGGAGGCUGAAGAGGUCGUUGAAGUGCGUCGAUGAGUUCGCCUACGAUUUGAUUCGGACGAGGAAGAAGGAGGUGGAGUCGGGCGCGGAGGAGAAGACGGCAAAGUCUGACCUCUUGACGGCAUUCAUGAAGCUGAAGGAUGACAACGGGAUGGCGUUUUCUGACAAGUUUCUGAGGGAUGUCUGCGUAAAUAUGAUACUAGCAGGGAGGGAUUCAUCGUCGGUGGUGUUGUCGUGGUUCUUCUGGCUGUUGAACCGGUAUCCGGAGGCGGAGGACCGGAUUCUUGGGGAGCUUAGGAGGACAAUAGAGGAAAGAGGAUAUAACAGCGAAGGGGAAGAAGAGAAGAGUUUAGUGUUCAAGCCGGAGGAGCUGAAGAGGAUGGAGUAUUUACAGGCGGCUCUUUCAGAAGCUCUACGUCUGUACCCUCCUGUGCCGGUCGAUCACAAGGAGGUUGUGGAAGAUGAUGUGUUUCCUGAUGGAACCAUUCUGAAGAAAGGAACCAAGGUUAUAUAUGCUACCUACUCUAUGGGGAGAAUGGAGAGCAUAUGGGGGAAGGACUGCAGGGACUACAAGCCAGAGAGGUGGCUCAAGGAUGGUCGCUUCAUGAGCGAGUCUGCAUACAAAUUUACUGCCUUCAAUGGCGGACCGAGGCUGUGCUUGGGGAAGGACUUUGCCUACUAUCAGAUGAAGUUUGUCGCAGCUUCCAUCCUCUAUCGAUACCAUGUGAAGGUGGUUGAGAGUCAUCCCGUGGUCCCCAAGAUGGCUUUAACCCUGUACACCAAGUAUGGAUUGAAGGUGACCCUCUGUAGUAGGGAUGAAUCCAAGCUUCUCAAGUAGUAGAUAAAGGAUCUCAGGCUUCAAGGAUCAAAUUUAAAAGCCUUGUUAAGUAUUAAGUUACGUAAAUAUUAUAAUAAGAUGCCGGUCGUGCA